AUGGGUAACUACUCGAAAGCACUUGAAUUUUACGACAAAUCACUUAAAAUAGUCGAAAAAUCUCUGCCUCCGAAUCAUCCCGAUUUGGCCACUUCCUACAACAACAUCGGUACGGCGUAUUGCGGCAAAGGUGACUACCCAAAAGCACUUGAAUUUUACGACAAAUCACUUAAAAUAAGAGAAAAAUCUCUGCCUUCGAAUCAUCCCGAUUUGGCUCAAUCCUACAACAACAUAGGCAUGGCGUAUUACGGCAAAGGUGACUACCCAAAAGCACUUGAAUUUUACGACAAAUCACUUAAAAUAAAAGAAAAAGCUCUGCCUCCGAAUCAUCCCUCAUUGGCUACUUCCUACAACAACAUCGGCAUGGCGUAUUCCGGAAAAGGUGACUACCCAAAAGCACUUUCAUAUCUAGAAAAGGCGCUUGCUAUUUGGCAAGAAUCACUCCCGCCAACACAUCCUAAUAUUAAAACGGCGAUGAAUAGUAUUGACAGUGUGAAAAAGAAAAUGUAAUUGUGUUUGUUUUUCUUCUCGAUUCCUCAAUAAAUUGAUUUUGAUUGCAAUUCACCUCACUUCCUGGCUUUUCUCGGCGCAUUUUCGCGUACACGCGCGCGACCAGGGAGACCCCCUGUAAGCCCGCAAUGGGUACACGC